GCAAAAUUUAAAUUUUUGCAUCCUGAGUUUAAAUAUCAUAAUUAGAAAUGUUGGCAUUAACUAGCAGGUCUAGGAACUAAUUUGGAUAUUAUUCACAAAAAAAUAUUUAUGGUACUUGAAUUGAAGUAUAGAUCAUUUAUUAUAAAGCAACACAUUCAUUAAAUCUUAACAAUGAAAAAGGCUGAUGACGUAGAACAUCUGAUUGAUAUCGAUUCGGGCCAAGACGAGGAUGAUAUUAGUUUACACAAAAGUAAACCUACAAAAGUUUCAAAGUCAAAAGAUGAUGCACACAAAGAAUUGCAGGAGCAAGAGACCGAAGACGACGACGACGACGAACCUCUGGCAAUACACCCAAGAGGUGCGGAGCCCACUGGGUCACAUCGAGGUGGUCAGGAGCCACCAGGUCCCGAUACCAACUCUAUUUCCAUGCCGUCGGAAAAUAAUAGUCUAAGAUCAGCACAUAACUUAGAGGCAAAUGAAGGAAGAGCCAAUGGAAGACAAACUGAACCAACUUUUUAUAUUCGUUCGCGCACAAGCACUCUAAACACUACUGCGCUUAAAGAUGAUGUCUACGAGAGUUUGGAUUAUGAUGUAUGUGAUAAUGUACUGUUCAAGGAAGAUCAAAAAUUUUCCGACAAUGCGCGUUUCAAUAUUCGAAAAGAUAUUCUGCGUUGGAUAAUAUUUAUACAAAUUGGUGUUGUGACCGCGCUAAUCGCCUGCGUUAUUGACAUUCCCAUUGAAGAGUUGUCUGCAGUAAAAUACACGUUCCUCAAAAAUUCUGUUGACAACAACGUAGCUGCUAAUAUCAACCCCGGAGGAAAUUUGGUUAUUCCGUAUAUCUAUUGGAUGGCAAUGAGCAUAGUACCAGUGGUAUUGGGUGCAGCGUUAGUAACUUAUGUAGAGCCAAUAACUGCUGGUAGUGGAAUGCCUCAAGUAAAAAGCUAUCUCAACGGUGUUAAAAUUCCUCGAAUUGUUCGUAUAAAAACACUGGCUGUAAAAGCGGUAGGUGUGGUAACGGCGGUAGUAGGCGGACUGGUGGGAGGAAAGGAAGGUCCAAUGGCUCACGCCGGCGCCGUGGUUGCUGCGGGUAUAUCACAAGGAAAAAGUACAACGUUUGUUAAGGAUUUUCGAAUUUUUCGAGCUUUUCGAGAUGAUCAUGAGAAACGAGAUUUUGUAUUGGGUGGCGCUGCAGCUGGUGUUGCUGCUGCUUUCGGUUCUCCAAUCGGCGGAAUGUUAUUCUCGUUGGAGGAGGCAGCUAGUUUCUGGAACCAAAAUCUUAUUUGGCGAACCCUGGUCGCAUCUAUUAUAAGUUCGUUCACGCUAAACAUUGUCCUUUCCGCAUAUCAUGGUUUGAAUAAUUUUACUUUUACGGGCCUAUUUAAUUUGGGCAAAUUCGAGCAACCCCUAACAUUUGAAUACUUCGAGUUACCUAUAUUUAUGUUAUUCGGCGUGACUGGUGGUCUUUUGGGUGCCAUGUGGAACUCAUAUAAUACGCAUAUAAACCGAUUUCGUUCACGUUUCAUUAAGUUCAAAUUUGCACGAAUUCUAGAAGCAGCACUUGUGGCAGUUAUCGGUGUGACAUUGGCAUGUGUUAUGAUUUUUUUCAUAAAUGACUGUCGCCCACUCGGAAAUGACCCAACCGAUUAUCCAGUACAACUCUUUUGUGAGGAUAAUGAAUACAACGCCGUAGCUGCACUUUGGUUCCAAACACCGGAGGCGACUGUACGUUCACUCUUUCAUGACCCACCAGGCUCGCACAAAAUAUUAACGCUGACGGUAUUCACAUUAGUUUACUACUUUCUGGCUUGUGUUACCUUUGGUCUAAAUGUAUCUCUUGGCAUAUUUAUACCAACGGGGUUAGUAGGAGCCGCUUGGGGCCGUUUAGUGGCCAUGAUCAUCUUCUAUAUUUUCCCUGAAGCGACAUUUUUAAGUCCAGGUAAAUAUGCCCUCAUCGGCGCAGCUGCCAAUUUAGGUGGAGUGCUGCGUAUGACUAUUAGUCUUUCGGUCAUACUCAUGGAGACAACCGGUGUGGAAACAUCAUUUUUCUUCCCUCUGAUUGUGACACUAAUUAGUGCAAAGUGGGUCGGAGAUUACUUUACUGAGGGCAUCUACGACAUUCAAAUAAAAAUGAGCUGUGUGCCGCUAUUGCCUUGGGAGCUUCUACCGAAGUAUAAAGGGCUCAAAGCUUCAGAAUUAAUGAGUACGCCUGUUGUCUGUAUAAAGAAAUGCGACAGUGCGAAGUACAUAUAUAAAGUACUGCGGCGUUGUAAACAUAACGGCUUUCCAGUAGUGGAGGAUGUAAAGGGUAAUAAUCGUGCAAAUGGUCGAGUUUGCGGCAUUGUUUUGCGCUCACAACUGAUUGUGAUUCUGCUGAAUUCAUUUUACGAAGAAAAGAAAAACUUUUGGGAGAAAGAGGUUUCAAUACAAACCUUCAGGAACGUUUACCCACGUUAUCCGUCAAUUGACAGCGUGCGCUUGCCAAAUGAAAAAGAAAAUUACACUGUAAAUUUGGAUAUUUUUAUGAAUCCAUCGCCAGUGCGUGUUAGUCAAUGUGAUUCAGCAUCAAAGAUAUUUAAGAAGUUCCGGGCUCUGGGCUUGCGUCAUAUGAUUGUGAUUGAUCGUGAAAAUCGUGUUGUUGGUAUUAUUACACGCAAGGAUUUUUUGUAUAAAUAAUAAUUUGCAUGCCCAUGUAUUUAAUAUAAAAUAUGACUGUAUUAUUAUAAUAUGCAGUCGCAGUAUAAAUAUCCAGCUGUGGAUUAUACGAUUUUAUUUUUUCGAAUAACUUCUUAUAUUCUCAUACAUUAAUCCCGUUAAUUAAUUUGACUAUUUACUUUAUCGUGUAUUAUUUUAGUAAUCGAUAUUCAUAUAUACCCUAAUGUAUUUUUGUACUUGAUAUGUACUGUAAAUUGUUAAAAUAUAUUAUAAAGUAUGGACUGAACUCCGAAG